CAGAAAGGAAGUGAUGAAACUGAACAGAGAAGAUAUGCACUUGUUUGGCCAGUUUCCCACUCAUGACGAAUUCUUGCUCGUCGUAUGCAAUGUCUGCGCACAAGUCAUCAAACCUCAGGGGUUCCUGACGCAUUACGGUAGCUGGGGAAUAGUUUCACAGUGAGUAGCGAGGACAGCCUUCCCCACCCCAACCCCUCCCCAAAGCCAUGCAUAGCAAGAACCAGAGGAGACACGGCUCUCCCAGUGGCUCCAGGGCCCCUCUGGUUCCCAUGAAGCCCAAAGAGUCAGUGAGCCACAGCGGGGUGGAGGGGCUGCCCUUCCGCGUGCCGCGAGACUACCCCCACUCGCGCUUCAGCAAGGCCCCACUCGCCGUCUACCCCCCCAAAGGAGCCCGCACCAAGGCCUGUGUGUCCUUGCCCGUGGUGAGUUUGGAGAAGAUGCCCUGCUUUGGACGGACGGAGGGCAGUCACGUCAAAGUCGCCUCCGGCUCUUCCGCCCCCAGCACCUCCUCGUUCCCUUACUCCUCUUCCUCCUCCCAGUCGCCGGCCGCCUCCCUCAAGUCCUCCCUGUCCUCCUCGCUCGCCUCUCACAAGCCCCCGGAGAAGUUUGUGAACGGUCGGGGCCCGGCCACGCCGCCCUCGGCACACGACGGCCUCCGGCGGAGCCCCUCGCGCUCCCCGCUGGACAAGCGUCCCGUCCCCUCCCCCUCCCCCUCCGCCUCUCAGGACCGGAGGCCUAGCGCGUCUCCCUCUCCGUCCUCAUUGGACAGGAGGCCCAGCGCCUCGCCCUCCCCGUCCUCAUUGGACAGGAGGUCCAGUGCCCCGCCCUCCCCCUUGGAGAAGAAGCACCAAAAUGGGACGAAAGGCAGCCGGCACAAGAGAGUGUCAGGGAGGAUCUUUGAUCCUAAUAAGCACUGUGGAGUCCUGGAUCCAGAAACCAAGAGGGCCUGUACCCGGAGUCUCACUUGCAAGACUCACUCCCUGACCCAUCGCCGCGCUGUACCCGGGAGGAAGAAGGACUUUGACGUCCUCCUGGCCGAGCACAAAGGGCGGGCAAAGGAGAAGGACGGCGGCCACAAGCGGGAGAGUCAGACUGGCAGCCAGCCCAACCAAUCGCACGACACUACGCCAAGCGGGCCGGCCCACUGCCCCAAUGGCAAAACCACUUCCACUUUGCGGCUACGCCUGGCUAACACACACAUGCACAGGUCUGUGGGCAGUGGGGGCGCGGUGAUGCUGAGCUCCUCGGCGGUGCCCGCCCCUGACCCUGUGCCCAGCUGGCAGAGGGCAGCUGCGGAAAGCCGGCUGUCCAGCGACGAGGGCGAGACGGAGGCGUCCGAGGACACCGAGAAGCCAACCUGCCAUUACUCGCCGCGCCAUCCACACCCAAUGAGUUGCUGUGCCUUCAACAGCAGGCUGAUGGGGAGAGGUCAUUAUGUCUUUGAUCGGCGUUGGGACAAGAUCCGACUGGUGUUGCACUCCAUGGUGGAGAAGCAUGUGAAUUCUCAGAUGUGGAAGAAGGUGCCCUUGGCAGCAGAGAGUUUGGCAAGUAACUCCCCCAGCCCGUCAGACUCCUCCUCCUCCGGUUCGGGUGUGCUCUCCUCUCCCCUGUUUGCGUCUCCCGCUGCACCCCUGUCUCUGGACGGCGUCUCCGUCGUCUCCUACUCCACAGCCUUCCCCCACAACGGGGGCGGAAUCUUCUGCAUCAGGGACCCCGACCCGCCGACUCCAGCGUCCUCCUCUUCCUCCUCCUCCUCUUCUUCCUCUUCUUCCUCUUCUGCCAAAACGCCUCGGACUAAACCUGCCAAGUCCCCCAGGGCUCAGAGCGAGGGGCCCGGAACCAAGAGGCGCAAGCCCUCCGAGGCGAGCUCCCACCGGAAGAACGGAAACGGCUACCACCCGCCUCCCUCUCCUCUACCGCCCCCUUCAGGGCCCGCCAUAAUCAGCAACGGCACAGCCACGCUCUGCAUCAAGAGCAAGUCCCCCAGUCGGAUAGGGCAGGGGCUCAAGGACACGGGCAGGUACGCGAGCGGCGUACAGGUGGGCGUGGGCGGCUCGCUCCAGGGCGACCACGUGCUCACCGCGCGCGGCCCAGCGUCGUUCAGCGCCAUGGCGAUGGACGGCAGGAAGCGGAAGAGCUCGGGCCUGGGAGAGAAGUCGGGCAAGGUGACCAAGACGGCGGGGCUGGACAGCAUCUUCAGGAAGAGCAGCUUGAGCCUCCUGGCUCCGCUCCCCGAGGCGUCACACAAUCCUCACCUGCGGCAGCCCAAGGUGCACCACUGACUUAAAGGAUUAUCAAAGGAGAAGGGAACGACGCUCAGCACAAACGGACUGUUAACUCUACAUCCUCCAAGCCCCUCUUCCUCCGCCUGUGUUACAGGGCUUACUGGAAUUGUAACUGAUCGACCAGAGCGGUGAAAUCUAGCGGUGUGCCCAUUUGUCUAUCGGCGAGACCUCUGAGUCGUGGUGGUGGUGGUGGUUGUUGUUGUUGGUGGAGCCCUGUGGCGGUUGGGGGGGGGGAGCGGGGCGGUCGGUCUGAACUGGCCGUCCUAUGAAAGUAAAAGAGAGGAGUCCCGUUGGUACUAAACGCUCUCCCUGCAGUUUUACUGCACUUUCAACCGCUAUAUGCUACACAGCUUUUUGGGGUUACCGUGGAUGCUAGCGAGCAUGCCCUUAUACAUGUGUACAGAUUAAGACUCCGAGUAAAAAAAAACCCAACUGCCGUCAGUAGAGCGGACAGGCUUUGUUUAUUUCAACACCACUCUUGCCGCUGAACUUUUUUGUUUGUUUGUUUAUUUGGCUGUUGCCGCUAUUAUAUAGCAAUCCGUUCGAUCAUCUCGCCUUUGCUGGAGAUGUCAGGACAAAAGAAAUGAUUGGAAAAGAGGGACACCGCGUGUCUUGCACGUCGUUGGAUUUCUUCCGUGAGCUGUGACGAGUGUGAGGGACCUCUCACAUCAUGCCUGAAACCUGUCUACCAUGUACCAUAUUGCACAUGCGUACACCCAUACAUGGGUAUGUGUACAGACACACACACACACACAAACACACACACACACACACACACACACACACACUCGACACACAAAAAGGCUCUGGAAUGGAAAAAGCCUCUCCACCAUGCCUAUCUAAAGUGCACUUAAGUCUCUUCCCACCUGGAAGGUAGGAGAGGUGGCGGAGAGAAGAACAGGAGCUUUCAACCAAGGGAAUUCUUUACUGACACUGUUUGGCAAGAUUAUUUUUGAACAGAAAUAGGAUGAAUUCAGGUUUUUUUUCCUUUUCUCUCUUCAAGUAUUUUAGUGUUGUCGCAAGCAUUGCAAGAGAACAUUGUCAGGACUUGCGCCUAAAUGGAAAACAACAUAAGGAAGUGUUGGAUUUUGUAUGAUAAUUUAUCAUUUCUUUAUUAAUUUUCUAACUGAGUAGUGUAGGGCUAAAGAUGAGCAAAGGUAUAUUUGUAUGUCAUUUUAAAAGUUGAAAGUAUUAUUAUAGAGUUUGUAUUGUUGGAAGUGUACAUAUCUUUAUAUUGUUUUUUUGUAUUUAUUAUUAAUCUUGCAGAGCUACACAAAACAAUCCCAGCUCCCAGCCCACCCUUUGUAUCACAAAUAAUGUAACCCCCAAAGAAAUCUGUCUUGCUUUCUUUUGCAAGUCUUCUUUUUAAACAAUCCAUCAUUUAAAUCCAUAAUUUAAAAAGGCCCAACUGCCGUGCCACUCAGCUUUAUCUUGUGGAUUUAAUCCAAGUAUAAUACUGCUGUUUAUAAGUAUGUGUAAUAAUGAAUCAUAUUUGGUUUAAGGCAUUUGCACUGUAAACCAACCAUAGUCAUAGAUUUCCUUGGUGUGGAUUGAUUUGAUCAGCAUGAUCACCUUAAUAGUAAACUUUAGUACUUGCCCCUUUGCACUUUGUCAUUUGCCAGAAAUGAAGUCUGGUCUUAUUUAUAGAGAGACAAAUAUUUCAAAAUAUAUAUAACAUAGAAAGACAAAUGUUUGUACAGUUUUUUUCUUUUCUUUUCUUUUUGCCUGAUAUCCCCGCAUAAAUGUUCUGUGUCCAUUUCACCUAUUGACAUGUUGGCUAGUACCUUUCUGCCUUGCUCAAGAGCUAGUCUCACCGUACGCCGUGGCUGAAAGCUCAGCGUUCAAGCCUUUAUGAUCUCCGUGUGAAGUGCUUCCACCCGAGACUCAGGUGCUGGAAGUAGUGCAAGUUGAGGGAGUUGCUUUCCCCAUAGAAAGCUCUUCGCAAUUGGUUUCUUCUUCGGUAAAGCUAUUGGCGCUCAUCACUUGGAGGUCAGUUCCAGCCUCCAUAAACAAAUUAUUUGAAGAUAUUCCCUGCAGUCUUAUUUCUCUCACCAGGCACAGUGUUUUGUCUCAUAAAAAGACCAAAGCCCAGAUAUGAGUUAGAAAGUAAUUUUAAAUGGUCAGGUAUGACGCUUUGAAGCAGGAAACUUCAAAGCUCCUUUGGUUGUUAAGACAUCUUAAAGGUACACUAUGCAAGAUUUUCUCCUUUACAAAGCCAAUGUGAUGGUAAACGAAUUUGUAAUUGGUGAGUCAUUCACCUAGUAUAGCUAUACAGCAUAGGUGUAGCAAGUAGCUACCAAGAAAACCAGCCAUGCAACUUCAAGAACAGCGGCCCGACAAAUCGCGCAAGAAUCGUGAAACAUUACCUUGUCAGUAAAUAUAGCUCUUUGGAGAUGGUCGUUAAUCCUUCACCUCCACAACAAAACAUUUUCAUUGUGUACAGGGAGGAUAAGUCAUGAUUAGUUUGCUAUUUCCAACAGCUGAGUAAAAGUGUAAUGUUGUGAAUCUAGAGGGAGCUAUAAAGUUGCCAAACAUACCUAGGCCUAAACUUGCAUAGUGUACCUUUAAGUAUUUAAACCAUUCACCAUUUGGGUGGUUAAGUGUAGGCCUACUUGGUUCUUUGAAUGAGGGUAAACUGAAUGUUAACAAGAUACAUUCUCUACAAGCUGUGUUGCCAUUUCUGAUAUUGCUGGCUGGGUUUGUGCCACCUAACUACAGAAAACUAUUUGAUGUUCCCUCUGCACCUUUUUAUCCACUGCGUUAAAUCUGGUUUGUUAUUGUUGAGAAUGUCCCCUCACCAUUUGCAGUUGAAGGCCAUCAAUUUCAGAGAUGUUUAAGACAGGCUUUUAAUAGUUUGUCUUUAGAAGUAUGUAUUGGAAGAAAUGUAUAUUUGGAAAUUAAAUUACCGCUUUAUAGGCCAUGAUUCUGUGGCUUGUCCACUGUGAUAUAUUUUUUUAAUCAGCAUUCAUAUUUUUUGUAUCAAUUUAUCUCUUUAAAAAACUCCUGUGCUUUUCAUCAUGUAAAUGUGACUUCUGCAGGCCAUUACAGUUUUUUAAUAAUAUUUUCAAAUAUUAUUUCCCCUAAAGUUCUGUAUACUGUAGGUGUUUGAUCUACCCAAAGCAUGAAACAUCAAACAAGGUUAAAGGCCUUAAUUUUGAACUGAUGAAUUACUCUUGUCUGACAUGUCUUCAGUUUCACAGAGACCUUCUGACCACCUUAGAACCCCAGCUCCAUCAGAAAAUUCAGGUUAAAUGUCAUAUAAUUGUGUAUACUAAUUGUAUUAAUAGAUAUUACAUUUUAUACUGCCCUUUUGUCCAGCUGUGUAACGUGGUACACAUUCUGUCUUCACUAAAUACAGUUAUACUGUUUGUUUGUUUGUUUGUUUUAAAUUAUCUGAUGUUUAGGGAAUACUUUAUAUGGUUUCUCCCAGUCUGAUCUAGCCAUAUGAACAGUUUUUUUUUCUUUUCCCAUUGUAAGGCCUUAUUUUUUAUAUGGUCAUGUAAAUGCUACAAUACUAAACAUAUUUGAAAAUGAGUUUUAAAAAAACAAUGGCUAAACCUCAGUGGAACAGUGUCCUCUAUGUGCUUUUUACUCUUUUUAUUCUUUUGGCCCAUGGCAUUUUCAAUAAUGAAAUAGAAUAUGUGUAUUUUCAGGGUUUGACAAUGUUUUGGAUUUCAACUGUUACACAAAUACAUUUUUUACCUGUC